CCGUUGGCAGAUCGCAGUUCAGUCAAUGCUUGGGUCUGGUGCGCGUCGUUCGACUCUGCCCAAUUGAUAUAGUUAGUGAAUAUAUUAUAUACAUACACACACUCGUCUAUAUACACAUAUAUAGAUAGAAACAUUUUUUUUUUUCUGUGUUACGAUUACCGUUGUUAUUGUUGUUAUUCCGAUUUGCGUCGCAGUCCCGGCUGGCCAAACAGAAGAAGCGAUGCGAUCGCGCGCACACAGAGGAGAAGCAGAGACAGCCAUAAAGAGCUUAUAGAAAAUAAAGUACAACAACAACCACAAUAAGAAAACAACACACUCUUGAAUAACAAACAACAAACACACACACACACACACCCACACACACACACACACACACACACACAUACAUACGUGCAUAUAAAGAAAUACAUAUAGAGAGAGACUCGCAUUGGCAUUGCAUCGAUAGAGGCAGCCGUAUAGGCCAGUAGUGAAGUUGAUCGGAGCAAUGGAGCUGUAUACGUCGGAUAGCUCGGACACCGAUUCGCGCGAGCAGAAGACCAUCGACUUUGGUCGCAUGAAUCUGGAUGUGGGCACACUGGAGGAUCACCUCAGCUCGCCACACAAGGCGCUGCUGAAGACCAGCGGCGACAUCGAGACCAUGCUGCUCAAUCACAAUCGCCUGGUGGCGCUGCCGCGCGUGCUGCAGCAGUUCACCAAUCUCAAGAUACUCGAUCUGAGCUCAAAUGCGCUCACCCAGCUGCCGGAUGCCAUUUGCCAGCUGCCGCUGGUCACGCUGAUAGCCAAGAAUAAUCUGUUGACCAACUCGUCGCUGCCCAAAUCCCUGCUCACCAAGCAGAUGGGCAAUGUGCAUGGCGGCACCUCCACGCUGAAGGAGCUCAAUCUGAGCGGCAAUCAGCUGAUCCACUUCCCCGAACAGGUCACCGAGCUGCGCCAGCUCAAGUAUCUGUAUUUGGGCGGCAACAAGAUCUCGAGCAUAUCCAAGGAUAUCUGGAAGAUGCAAAGCCUUCAUGUGCUUUCGCUGGGCGGUAAUCUGGUCAACGAGGUGCCCGAGGCGGUUGGUUCCCUCAGCCAGCUGCAGGCGCUGGUGCUCUGCGACAAUCUCAUCGAGAAUCUGCCGAUGAGCAUUGCGCGCUUGAAGAACCUGAAGUCGCUGCUGCUGCACAAGAAUAGACUGAAGCACUUGCCCAAAGACAUUGUCGCCCUGAAGAACCUGACCGAGCUGAGCUUGCGCGACAAUCCGCUGGUGGUGCGCUUUGUGCAGGACAUGGCACUGAAGCCGCCGACGCUGCUGGAGCUGGCCGGGCGCAUUGUGAAGGCCAGCGGGCAGCGUCCCGGGCCGGAGGAUGUGCCGCGCACCCUGGUCGACUAUCUGAACAGCGCCAAUUGCUGUGUGAAUCCCAACUGCAAGGGCGUCUUCUUCGACAAUCGGGUGGAGCACAUCAAGUUCGUGGACUUCUGUGGCAAAUAUCGCGUCCCGCUGCUGCAGUACCUCUGCUCAUCGAAGUGCAUCGAGCCCGAGGAGCUGUCGCGCGCAUCCAGCAGCAAUGCGAGCAGCGCCAGCAGCGGCUUCAUGAUGCGCAAGGUGCUCCUGGGCUAGGCGCGCCCAGUUGACCCGCACCCAGGUCCCGGACCGGAUCCGUGAUGUGUGCCCAACCGACAAGUCGACGAGUCCGUUAGCCAGUCGGCCAGGCCAACAACGGAACGGAACGGUAUCGCUCGUCCGUUGGCUGUGCUCGUGGUUGUUGUUGUUGUUGUCGUUGUUGCUGCUGCUGCUCCUGCUGCUGCUGCUGCUGCUGUUGCUUUUGAUGUUGCGCACUCGGAUAUCCAUUGGCUACACUGCAUUACCAAAUUGUUAACCAUAUUUGCCAUAUGAAUUUUUUGUUCAUUGUUGUGUUAUAUAAUGCUCCCCCUACCCCUAAACCAACCCCCGCAGAAAACAUGAAAUAUAUAUAUCCACACAUAUAUCUAUACACACAUAAA